AAUAAAUUUGAUGAAGGAGCAAGGUGCUCUGCGAAACGUUUUAGCUAACACGUUAUGACCAUAUAUGGAUAUCACCUGACUGCCAUUUCUAUUCUCGCGCCAUGAAUACUGCACUGGAAUGUGACGUCAGAUCACGUUGAGUUUGCUACGAUAACCCCCCGUCGUCGCGUUCGGCUGAUGCAGCACUUUCGACGUUUGCACUUUGAGCAUUUUCUUAGCUUAGUUAGCAUUUGUUAGAGGAUGAUCAUUAAUGAUAUCGGUAUGCUGCAGGCUACACUGCCCACCCAAAUGCAGCAGCCGAUGACCACUGUAACCUCGAAUAACAACGUUGUCAUAAUCCCGCUCCGAUCCCUGGCUGAGCUGGCUCAUCGAGAAUAUUCUAAUGGGAACUACGAGAGAGCCGAACAACUCUGUAUGGAGUUGUGGAAAAGAGACCCCACAAAUACUGGUGUAUUGCUGCUCAUAUCUUCUAUCCACUUCCAAUGCCGCAAAUUAGACAAAUCUGCUCAGUUUAGUACGAUGGCGAUCAAGUUAAACCCUCACCUUGCUGAAGCUUACUCGAACCUGGGAAACGUGUAUAAAGAAAAGGGCAUGUUGAAGGAGGCUUUGCAACAUUACCAACACGCAGUGAGAUUGAAGCCUGAUUUUAUUGACGGUUACAUAAACCUAGCUGCGGCCCUGGUUUCUGCUAGAGACCUAGACCAAGCUAUCAAUGCUUACAGAACAGCUCUUUCCUACAAUCCGAACCUGUACUGCGUCAGAAGUGAUCUGGGUAACCUUUUCAAAGCAAUGAGUAAGCUGGAAGAAGCUAAAGCAUGUUACACGAAAGCCAUUGAAACCCAGCCAGAUUUCGCCGUUGCCUGGAGUAAUCUGGGAUGUGUUUUUAAUGCACAAGGCGAAGUUUGGCUGGCUAUUCACCACUUUGAGCGAGCAGUCUCCCUCGACCCAAAUUUCUUGGAUGCAUACAUUAACCUUGGAAAUGUUUUAAAAGAGGCACGGAUCUUCGACAGGGCAGUGUACGCUUACACCAGAGCCCUCCAACUAAAACCGGACCAUGCCGUGGUGCAUGGAAACUUGGCGUGUGUCUACUAUGAACAAAGGUUUAUCGAUCUUGCGAUAGACACGUACAGAAAAGCAAUAGAACUAGAACCACACUUCCCUGAUGCGUACUGUAACCUUGCUAACGCUCUUAAGGAACAGGGCUUCGCACACAGCGUGAAGGAGGCUGAGGAAUGCUACAACAAAGCUCUGAAACUGUGCCCCAACCACGCUGACUCCCUCAAUAACUUGGCUAACAUUAAACGGGAGUAUGGUCUUAUUGAAGAGGCUACUAAACUUUACAGAGACGCGCUACACGUGCACCCCGAGUUUGCAGCAGCUCACAGUAACCUAGCCAGCAUCCUGCAACAACAAGGGAAACUCACAGAGGCUAUCAGCCACUAUCAGGAGGCCAUCAGAAUACAACCAACCUUCGCUGAUGCAUACAGUAACAUGGGUAACGCCCUAAAAGAGAUGCAGGAUAUAAACGGAGCUCUGCAAUGUUACACACGAGCCAUCCAACUAAAUCCUCGCUUUGCGGACGCUCACUCAAACCUGGCCAGCAUUUACAAGGACGCAGGACAAAUCCCGGAGGCAAUACAAUCUUACAAGAUGGCCCUGAAACUGAAACCCGAGUUCAGUGACGCGUACUGUAACCUGGCUCACUGCAUGCAAAUUGUCUGUGACUGGGCUGGUUACGAGAUGAGGAUGAGAAAAGUGGUGAUGAUUGUCCGGGACCAGCUGAACCAGAAACGGUUACCCUCCGUGCACCCUCACCACUCUAUGUUGUACCCUCUGGGACACAAAUUCAGAAGAGGAAUAGCUGCGCGGCACGCCACACUCUGUCUUGAGAAAGUAGCUCUGCUCAAGAAGAAAGCGUACAGAUACCCGACCAAUCUAGCUAAUGGUAGAUUGAGAGUGGGGUACGUGAGUAGUGACUACGGUAACCACCCCACUUCCCAUCUCAUGCAGAGCGUACCUGGCCUACAUGAUACCACCAGGAUUGAGGUAUUCUGUUACGGACUGUCCCCGAACGACGGUACCAGUUUCAGACAGAAAGUACACGCUGAGGCAGAACACUUUGUAGAUCUCUCCAAAUACCCGUGUAACGGGGAUGCAGCAGAUAAGAUCAACUCAGACGGGAUACAUAUCCUGAUAAACAUGAACGGUUACACAAAGGGAGCCAGGAACGAGAUAUUCGCUCUCAGACCGGCACCUUUACAGGUGAUGUGGUUGGGUUACCCCGGCACUUCAGGAGCAGAAUACAUGGACUACAUUGUAACAGACAGUGUCACCUCUCCCCUGGAGCUUGCUGAGCAAUACAGCGAGAAACUUGCCUUCAUGCCCUACACGUUCUUUAUCGGAGACCACUGUCACAUGUUCCCCCAUCUCAUGAAAUACGACGAGGUGGUAGAAGGGCUGAAUAACCCUCUUGUAACCGGUCAGCAAGUUGGUCAGGUGAUAACUCCUAUACCCUCCACCGAGGUACAACUCUUCCCAAUGGACACCCCCAAAUCAGUGGGCACUCCCACUCGCUGGAAGUGCUCAAUAGAGGAGUUGCCGACUCCCCCUGACCAGGAAGUGGACCACAUUCCGCCAGCUGAUGGCCAGGAGUCUCCGCUCCAUCUCCGUCCCUACAUAAUGCCGUCCACUCACCGCUCCACCUACGGACUCCCUGAACACGGUAUUAUUUACUGUAACUUCAACCAGCUCUACAAACUAGACCCGGGCACUCUGGAGUGUUGGUGUAAGAUAUUGUUGAGGGUUCCUAAUAGUUACGUGUGGUUACUGAAGUUCCCUGCCUUGGGAGAGGCUAAUGUUCAGGCUAAAGCGGCUGAGUUCGGCGUUCCUCCAGGUCGGAUAAUAUUCUCGUCAGUAGCGCCCAAAGAAGAGCACGUGAGGCGAGGGCGAGUAGCAGAUGUAUGUCUAGACACUCCGCUUUGUAACGGCCACACCACUGGUAUGGAUAUGCUGUGGUCAGGAACCCCCAUGAUAACCAUGUUAGGAGAGUCGCUGGCAUCGCGCGUAGCCGCGUCCCAACUUACUACCCUGGGGUGCCCCGAGUUGGUGGCUACUAACUACAAGCAAUACGAGCACAUAGCUGUAGCUCUCGGGAACAAUCCUACUGAAUUACAAGCAAUGCGACAGAAAGUCCGUUUAGCCCGAGCAACCUCGCCCCUUUUCAACAUCAGCACCUUCUCACGUCAUCUUGGCGACCUAUACCUCAGAAUAUGGGACAAAAGAGCCCGGGGGCAGCCCAACGAUCACAUCACAAGCACUAUCCAGCGAACAUUGCCAUCAGACCGGCUGCUAUGUACUGAGCCACUGCUGGAGGCUGUCAGUCCAGACGAUUACAUGAACAGGCUGAUGAAGCAGCAGCAGUCUGUACCAGCCUGGAAAGCGGCCCCCAGCAACUUUUAGGGGAGUUUUAUCUGUUCUUGUAGAACAAGAGAGAGAUAACGUAUUUAUAUCUUCUUAUCUGAUAGUUUGGAGGUCCGAGAGAAUGAGGGUCCUGCGAUUUUGAACGCUGAGAAAGUGGAAGAAAUAUUUAUGAUUCUGUUGUGGGAUAGCAGUUUACGGUACUUAACAGUACUUUGUGUGUGUCUAUAAUUGUGAGAGAACUGCUAGAUGUAGACGAGUUGAUUGGAAGACUGAAUUUUAUUUUCUGUGUUCGAACUAAUGUUAAUACCCUUUCCAACCAUUGUCUCUGCUCAAGUCAGGAAAAAGGAUUCUAUUGUGAUUUAUCCGGCAGAGGAAUGUGUAUUCAAACAAAGAUCCUCAAAAUACCCUAAACUGUUUUUUAUUCUUAAAGUUAAAUACUACGCGAUCAAUUUAUCUUUUCAUUGAUAGCAUUCGUAGUGAAACAUGAAACUCGUUAGAUUUAAUGUCUAGCAUGGUUUUGCUACUUUAAGAGCGGAAAAUAUUUCAGAUUAUCGAUUCAAGCCCAUUAGCAUUAAUCAAAUUAUGUUUUAAAUUUUAUUUUCAAGAUUGAAUUUGAAGCUGCGAAUGUUAUUUAUUUAAAAGUGGAGCUGUUAGAUCAUAGAUAUUUUGGCAAAUCUUUUGUGAUCAGCUGAAGCUGAGAAAGAAAUGAGCAAAUCAAUCACUAUGCCUAACUUAAAACCCGGGAAUUCGGAUAUUAUAUCGUAGAUUCUCCCGUCGAUACCACUAUAACAGUGACAUUCAUUUUAAAUCAUUAUAAACUUAUUGUUUGAUGAAGAUGCAACAUCAGAUUGGGUAUAUCCAAAAUUUAGAAGCAUCUCCCUAUACCUUGUACCUUAAGUUUAUUAACCGGCAUAAUUUAGUUUACCGACCAAA